CAUGCAACACAGUAACAACGCAAACCCACAAUAGGGAUUGAAGCUGUAAACUUAGGGAUGCUAACGUAAGGAGGAAAUUGUAAACACUCGUUGUUGUAAACAGUGUUAUAACAUAUAAGUAUUAAGCCGUCACGUACUAAAAUGUUUCUAUACGUCUCUCUCGAAAAUUCUGCGAUAAUAAAACUAAUUAACCGAAGAACAAAAAUUAGUCUCCCUCAAGAAAGCUUUGAUUAGACGUGACCAAUCGAUCAUCGACUGGGAGCGAUUCAAAAAGAGGCUCUGUAUUGUUAUCAAUGACUUACUGCUGGCGUCACUAACCAACGUUAUUGUUGACAGCUUUUUUAUCUCCAGCAUUUAGUCUACUGUGGUUGUGAUUUAAACAGAAAAAAAAAUAAUCACAUAUACUAUAUACAUUUACAUAUAAUAAUGAAUGCCGUCCGAUUAUAUUUAACAACAUGCCGAUAUGUGAUGCAAGCAGAAGAAUGUGUGGCCGACUUAUAUCGCUUGCUGCCCUAUCUUCGACAGGCCCUGUCUUGUUGUGUCUGUGGUCAGUUACUCCGGCGACCUUGCGGACCAGAGCCUAACGUUUGUCAACAUUUUGUUUGUACCGGCUGUGUUGGCGGUAAAAUGAACUUAAAGCCUUCGUGUAGUUGGUGCAAAGACUCGUCGCUGUUUGUCGAAAACACGCAGAUUUGGAUCUUGGUACAUUGUUUUAAAAAGCUAUGCGAAUAUCUCAACAAUUCACGAUUCGUACGCGAACUUCAACAACCGAGUGGGAACGGCGAAACAAAUGGUUUGGUGCUGCUGGUUCAGGAAGCCAUGGCCUUCGAUGACAACUACGCCUCAUCCAUCGAAGAAAAGCUAUCGACUAUCCCAUCUCUCACUACGUUCAGUCUCAAAAGAAAAGAACAUCCGUCUUGUGAUUUUCUUAAUGCCGACGUAUGCCUUAAAACCCCACCAACACCUUUUCACACAUCUCAUCGUUCAAUUAAACAGGAGCCAGACUCUCAUACUGCUGCUACUACUACUGUUCAACAUUGCCGCGUUGGCGCUGAAGAACUGGACAAAGUUGCCGAAAAGCUAUCUAACGAGUGCAAAGGCGGCCAAACUAUUAAUAACAGUAGCAGUAGUGGCAAUAAAAGAGAGGCAGUGUCAGUUAGGUGCCCGGUCGAGAGAAAGAAACGGUCGUUAUGGAACAGUCGCGGGGAACUGGCUUGCUUGUCUGUCAAUUGCAAUGAUGAGGACGAUGAAGGAUCCAGUUCAGAAAUCGACUUACAACCUUCCAGUUCUCCUUGUAAAAAGUUCUGCUCUGACGAGGAUAACACUAACAACCAAUCGUCUAGUAAGAAAUCGAAAGUGGACAACAGUAGACGCUCCAGUUGGAGUGGGAUUAUCGAAGCUGUUCACAAACACCGUUUGAUCUCAACCUCUGGUCAUUCAUAAAUACAAAAAAAAAAAAGAAAAAAAAUAGAAAAAGAGAUGAAUUCUCUUAUUUUUAGCCAUCCCCUCCAUUUGUCUUCUCUAUUUUUCUAUUUCUACUCUUUCACUCUUUUUUUAAAAUUAGGUUUGGUAUUUAAUUAAACCUCAGUGACAGGCUGAGGGUGUCGAGACAACAACAAUCACUACUAUUAUUGCUGCUACUUCUAUUUAAUCACUUCCUGUGAUUGCUCGUUAUUCCUUGACACUUUCACUUUCUGCUAUCUCGGUGCCUUCUUUUUCAUUAUACUCUUGCCUUGCGGCAUUAUUAACACAUGACAAAGAUUUUUGUUAAAGUGUUACCUCACAGGCUGGCAUUCAUUAGCUUAUACACGAGUUAUUUAUUUUGUAUUUUCAUCACCCGGCAGUGUUUGUGUGUUAGGUGGUUUACGUAGCUGCUUGUUUAUCUCUACACACAUACACACAAUCGAAUGUUGAAGCGACGGAAGCUGCGCGAAAAAAAAAAACAAAACAAAAAAAAACGUGCUGAUAGGAAAAAGUUGUGUAAAUAUGACCCGGGUGGGAAUGGUGGUGGUGGUGAAGGUAAACGAGUUCUGUCAGUGGUGUCGGGUAAUAAAUAAAGAUGGUCAAGAAAGUCUGAGGUAUAAAUAGGUGAGACGAUGUCUGCUAGAGUAACAUUCUAUAUCGGUCAUAUAGGAACAAGCGGAAAACAAAACUUUAAAAUGUAUGGGGACGGAAGCAGGGGAUAAUUGUGAAACCCGCAUUUCGUUUCUCUUCCCUCUUUACAUGUUUAUGAGAAAGUCAUGAACAUUGCACGAUCUCAUUUCCUAUACACUAUAAUUCCGAGGCCUUGUGCUCAUGUAAAGAAAAUGUCUUUACUAAUUAAACUAUAUUGUUGUUGAGCGGUUUAAUUAGCGUCUGUGUGUAUACUCUGAUAGUCUAUGCCUUUUUUUCUUCUUAUGAUCAAUAGUAUACUGUUUGUGAUGAUCCCGUCCUUUUUUUUUUAAAAUAAUGAAAAUAAUUAUAUUUAUUUGAAUUUAUAGUUACAGUAUACUUAAUUACAUGGAUUUUCCAUAUUAAAACAUAAAUUCAAAACAAGAAAAUAUAAUCAUGAGCGAAGAAAAAAGAAAGAAAAAAAAAACAAUUCGACACCAAGUGCAUCAAUCGGUCGCACACCAGAAGGGUCAAAGGAACUUAUAGAAGAAAGUGAACACGCUCGCGGCAUUACCGCAGGCAAUAGCCAGGCUAAGGGCACCGAAACAGCCAAGUACCCUCACGGGCAUCACCUGACACCUUGAUAAGGCGAGUCACCAAUGAUGACAAAAACUUCGUUGUCAGCGACCCAGCUCCUCCAGGCUUCAUAAUUCUUAAUUAAAAAUUCAUUAAAUCGGUGCCAACAACGGACGAAUAUGGUGAGAAAUCUGGGACGAAGAAUCUAAUAAUUUAUGUUUAUUAAUUAUUGUUAUUUAUUUUCCUGUUCUCUUAAUGUCGCGCGCACACGCGCACGCACACACACACACACACACACACACACACACACACACACACACACACACACACCCUCCUGCAAACGGAAACAAGAUUUCAUACGUUAAUAUCUGGUUUUAAUUAGAGAGAAUUAGUGUAAAUAUUCUCCUGUAUGUACUCUCACUCUAUAUGUAUACAUGCAUGUGUAUAAAUAUAUACAUUUUAUAUAAAUAUAUUUGUUUAUAUAUAAAUAUAUAUGUAUGUAUGAUAGAUAUAUGAGAUAUAUAUACAUCUAUAUGACAUGCAUGUAUAGGCAUAUGUAUACAUAUGCGCACACGUAUAUAUACAUAUAUAUAAAUGUAUAUUAUAUGUGAUUAUAUGUAUGGAUGUGUGUGUAUAUAAUAUAUAUGCACAUACAUACAUGAUUCUGACUAAAAGUUCCUGUUAAUCAACUAAAUGUAUUUAAACUGGCAGAUAAGAGAUUAAGAUAAAGAAGGGCAGUCAGUUUUAGCUGCUUUAUGAAAAUGCCUGAGAGAAAGGCAUGAAUAUCAUAAUUUGAGGUAUCAUAUCUUAUCCAAGAAGACAGAUUUAUUCCUCUUCUCUUGUCCUUGUGGCAAAAUCAAGAGAUUAUUAUUAAGGUGGCGAGCUGGCAGAAUCGUUAGCAGUAUUUCAUUUGUCAUUACGUUCUGAUUUCAAAUUCUGCCGAGGUCAACUUUGCCUUUCAUCCUUUCGGGAUUGAUAAAUUAAGUACCAGUGAAACACUGGAGGUCAAUGUAAUUGACUAGUCCCCUUCUCCCCAGAUUUCAGGCCUUGUGCCUUUAGUAGAAAGGAUUAUUAUUAUUAUUGAGGUGGCUAGCUGGCAGAAUCGUUAGCACUCCGGACUGAAUGCUUAGCAGCAUUUCGUCUGUCUUUAUGUUCUGAGUUCAAAUACCACCGAGGUACUUUGCUUAUCAUCUUUUUGUGGGGUCAUUGAAAUAAGCAGUGGUCAUGUACUGGGGUUGAUAAAAUCAACUUUCCCUUCCCCUCAAAAUUUCAGGCUUUGUGCCUAUAAUAGAAAGGAUUACUACUACUACUAUUAUUAUUAUUAUUAUUAUUAUUAUUAUUAUUCCGCUGAGAUUGUCUUUCAUCUUUUCAGGGUCAAUAAAUUAGGUAUCAGUUGUGUACUGGGUUGAUCUAAUCAACUGGCCUGCUCCCCACUAAAUUUCAGGCCUUGUGCCUAUAGCAGAAAGGAUUAUUAUUCUUAUUCUUAUUGACUCCAGCACCAACCAAGUCAAUGUAACGGACUAACCCCUCCCCUCAAAAAUUAUUGGCCUCAUGCCUAUAUUAAAAGCCAUUAUUAUUAUUAUUAUUGAGAGUGUUAGAUGGAGGAAUUGGUUAAUGAACCAAACAAAUAACAUGCAGUAUUUGGUUAAGUGCCUUUACAUUUUGGGUUCAAAUCCCACAAGGAUUAAUUAAUAUAAUAAAUACCAAUCAAGUACUGAAUUCAACUAGAUUGCUCCUACCACUUUUCCCAGAAUGUGUGGCCUUGUGCCAAUCCUUAAGUGACUAACUCUUCACCACAAAAUUGCUGGUAAGUUCUCUUGGAGAACUGAACCGUGUGCACUGGAUUUCAGUUCUCACACGGAACGGCUUCAUUUUGAGUUGCUAAUAUCUUUGAAGAAGAGUACGUCUGUUACAGCUUCUUGUUUCCUUUUAUUUAUGAUUCUGAGGUGUUACUUCUAUUUAGAGGAAAUUAUUGCUGGUAGAUUGAUGAAAUUAGUAGAGCAUUGGACAAAAAUGCCUUGCAGUACUUAGGCAUGUCUCUGUGUUUUGAGUUUAAAUCCCUCUGAAGUUAAAUUUUCCUUUUGGAUAAAAGGAUUUCUGGGUCCAUAGAAUAAGGGUAAGGGUAAAGACCUCCUUUGGUCAUGAAUGACUAUGGGAUUGCAACUAGAAAGUUCCUCUCUGAGGCACAAGUCCAGGCAAAGUUGUUGGUGGAAGACCAGCAGUUGCCCAUGCAUACCAGUCUCCCCUCUCCAUGCCACAGAUGUUGUCCAAGCGAAAGGCAAAAGCUGAUACAGCUUGGCACCGGUGAUGUUGCAACUCAUUUCUCCUGCUGAGUGGACUGGAGCAACAUAAAGUGUCUUGCUCAAGAACACAACAUGCAGCCUGGUCUGGGAUUUGAACUCACAAUCUCAUGAUUGUGAGCCUGAUGCUCUAACUUCUGAGUCAAGCGUCUUCAGAUAGAAAAAUAUGGAACACCUCAUGAAUUUGCAUGUCAUCCUUGCAUGGGCCAUGCUAAACCUCUCUGUGUCAUUCCAAUUUUUAGUAUAUGUACUGCUGAAGCUAGUAAAAUAAAUAUGAGGUCCAUUUAAUUUAUUGUUUCCUACCAUCAAAAUUUCUGUCCUUGUUCCUAUAUUAUUGAAUUUUACAUAAAGUACCAGUUUAUAUUAUUGACUGUGAGGGUUGAUGCAAUUGGUUAUACUCCUAUCCUGAAGUUUAUGGCCUUGUGCCUAUGUUUAAAUUGUUAGAGCUUUGGGGAAAAUACCACUUUAUGGUAUUUUUUUGGCUCUUUACAUUCUGAGUUCAAAUCCUGCUAAGGUCAACUUUGCCUUUCAUCCCUUCAGGAUCGAUAAAAUAAAGUAUCAGUCAAGUACUGGUGUUUAUGUAAUCAACAAUGUUCCCUUUCCUCAAAAUUACUGGCCUUGUGCCUGAAUUAGAAACUGUUGUUGUUGUUGUUGUGUAGGUGGAGAGAUUGUGAGAAUCAGAACUCCACAAAAUCCUCGUCAGUUGUUAGUCCAUCCCUCCCUCCGUCCCCUUUUUCCUCCCUUCCUUCAUUAUUAUCCAGACACUUGAUAAUUUACAUCUCAAGAACGGAUAUAUUUUGUAUAUUUGCCUUAUAUAUUAGACCUGUGCCUCUUCCCUGCCAUUAUAUCCCUUUCUUUCACACCCAGCAUCACCAUCAUUCCAACCAUUCCAACCCUGUUUAUGUAAUUCACUAUACUGCACCCCCCACCCUCUUUUUAGUCGCACAUCUCACCUGCACCUUUCUCUCUACCAUGUACAUUCUGCCAGACAUUCACAGAGAUUACAUGUACAUAAAUACUGAACUAUAAUAUUAUAAUCCCCCCUGCUCCCUGCCUUCCUAAACACUAUGCACAGAUAUACAUCAUAAAAGGCCAAUGCCAAAGAACAGCAACUAUCAGGGUUUGACCAAGUACACUUUUCCUCCCCCACCACACCUUUGUUGUGACCUCUUCCAACAUCUACAAGCAUACAGAUACAGGCUUUGAUAAUGGAGAACAUUCAAUAUGUCCAGACUGUAUCACUGCCCUGUCAUACAAAUUAACCACUGCAUACCAGUUAAGAAGAGUUAUUGUAUAUCUGAAACAAUAUCCGAUGUUUGGGUUGCGACAAGGCUUACCAUCAGUCUACUGGAUCAAAUCAGAGGAAACCUGAGGCUACACAACAACAACUCUUUUCCCCAACCCCAUCACAUUUGAGAUUUUAUAUAAAUGAUAAUUUCUUCAA